GAGAAAUAAUGCGGGCAGAGGGCGGGCCCCAGUUUUUCGCACAAUUGGGACGGCCUCUUUUCCUUCGCCCAGUUCUAUUUAUUAGAGCGGUCUCUUCGCCCCUUCCCUCCCCCUCUCCCACUUGUUUGUCUCGCUCUCCGCUUCACUUCUGCACUGCCCGUACAUACUCCCAAGGGGAAAUAGUCCGACUGGUUGAGCGAAACUCACAAAGUGGAUUUAUCCUCUUACAUCUGCCAGUCCAUGGAGGAGACUCCUAGCUCUCAGAUGGCGCCGCCAAAUUCCUCUGAAAGCCCUAGUCUGGGCGGUCUCGGCGAUAAUGGAUUCUCUACACCAUCUGCUAGCACUUCUUGUUCCCGACCUCCUCCCCCUUCCGUUCGCCGGAGCGGGAGACACUUGGAAAAGGUUCCAGUAUAUUAUGGGCCGGAAAAAAGGCGCCGCCGCCAGGUCAAUGUUCGUCGCCAUAUUCGACUUUAUUUUUCUCGACUGAAUCUAACUAUGUAUUGUAGACCAACACGCCAGCAAAGAAACAAAGACUCUCGGGCACUGAUCCCCUAGAUUCUCUAGGGGAGAAUACUCCCGCUCCUAUAAAGCAAACUACACUCGACAACGAACCCUCACCUCCCCCCAACAACAAGGGGAUACCUAGAUUCACUCCAACCCAGAUAAGGAUCUUUGUUCGCUACAACUCCAAGUUCACCUGGCGUUCCAGGAAGACCCCAAGGCCGUCGCUACCCACCGACUCAGUGAAUAUGUCUGUCUCAAGGCCCCACCUGAAAGCGCUGGUACGUGCAGCUGCAUCUCAUUACCAAUCGCUGCCAAGGAAGUUUGGUGACCCGAAGAACUGUUUCCUGCAUCUUUACAAGACCUUUCUGCCCACCGUGGAGUUCGAGGAGUGGGAGAAGGAGAGCGGAGGUACUCUGGGAGAGAGGGAUACGCACAUCGUGUUGAUGAAGGUCUUUGAGAUUGUCUUUACCUCCAGGUAUAGACGCGGGAGGGCUAGGGAGAAGAUCUGGGGGUUGUUGGGGUUUCGUGACGAGGAGGAUGAGGAGAAUGAGGAGAAUGAGGAGGGAGGAGAGGGUGCGCACCAAGGGGAGGCCAGCGGCCAUUGA